GCCUCUCCGCGCCGGGUGGGAAACCCGUGAGGGCGGCUGAGGGAAGCGCCAUGGCGGCGGAGGGCGAGGAGCGGCAGCUGCUGACACAGAGGCUGAAGGCUGCGGUGCACUACACGGCUGGCUGCCUGUGCCGGGAAGUGGCAGAAGACAAGAAGAUGGAGUUCAGCAAACAAACCAUCGCAGCGCUGUCAGAGAUCACCUUCAGGCAGUGCGAGAGCUUCGCAAAAGACCUUGAAAUGUUUGCAAGGCAUGCAAAACGAAGCACAGUCACUACAGAUGAUGUGAAGCUUCUGGCUAGAAGGAGCAAUUCUUUGCUGAAGUAUAUCACCCAGAAGAGUGAUGAGCUUGCAUCAAGUAACAUGGAACAAAAAGAGAGGAAGAAAAGGAAGUCUAGUGCAGCUAAGGAAGGGAGAACUUCUGGGGAACAAGAAGAGCUGUGAUCGAAAAUGAAGAUUACAAAAUGGCUUUCAAGUAAUGUCUCUCUGGUAAUUUUCUCUUAUUUUCCUAGGGGAACCCAAGUCAGCCUAGUACAGAUCCCUCUAGUUAGCAACAGUAAUGAAUCUUUGGGUUCUGGUGAACCUGAUUAGUUGGACUUUUUGGUUCUGAAAAUGGAAGGUCUUUCAGAAUUCAGUAAAGCCAAAAUGCCUUAAUUUCUCACAAAAAGUUAUCUUACUAUUAUAAAAAAUACUUUAAAUAAAAAGAGUUUAAAUCAGAACAUUCUCACUGACUAUAGUACCUCAGAAUGGUGCAAUGCCCUCCUGAUACUUGGUUUCUCCAGUGACUGACUUCCUCCUUGCUUCCAUUUUAUACUUUUGCUUAGGUAUUCUGGGUAUUCUUUAAUAGCCAUCUCUCUCACUUGCCUUGACAAUUAAACAUG